AUGAGGCCAAAUACCUCUCUCCUAAGCAGUAUCGGGGCACUGGUCGGCCUGGUUGCCAGUUCAGAGCAGCCAGAUUCUUCCGGACUACAGGUUCCCUUGUCGUCUAGCGAUGAGAUCUGUGUGCACCCCUCUUACCAGGUCCAAAUCAUCUCGUCAUCGCCACUGGUCAUGUACAUCAAGGACUUUCUGACAGCGCAAGAAUGCGCCCAUUUGAGAGCCAUUAGCAUCAACUCGUUCCGGCACUCGGUCGUGGCCGACGGCAAGCGGUCCGCGCAGCGCACAUCGCAGUCGACGUAUGUCGAGAGCGACCACGUGGUGCGCUGCAUCGAGGAACGCGCGCUCGCGUUCCAGGGCCACGACGUCCAGCCGUCGCAGCUCGAGCCGCUGCAGCUCGUCAAGUACGCGCCGGGCGAGCACUACCACUUCCACGCGGACUGGUUCUCCGAUCCGGCCUACAAGCUCGCCGUCAACGGCGGCAACCGCGUGUCGAGCUUCUUUGCGUACAUCUACGUGCGCAACGACACGACCGGCGGCGGUACCAACUUCCCGCUGCUCAGCCCGCCCGUCAGCGACCGCUGGUGUGAUGUUGUCGACUGCGACGAGCCGUACAACCGCGGGCUGACCUUCCGCCCGGUCGAAGGAAAUGCCGUCUACUGGGAGAAUUUGCACCCCGAAGACGGCUCCGGCAACCAGAAGACGCUUCAUGCUGGCUUGCCCGUUACCGCGGGCGAGAAGAUUGGCAUGAACAUCUGGACGAGGCAGGCUCCGCUCAGCGACGAGGCCGUGGCAGGCUUGCAUGAUUAUCCCGACUUGUAAUCCGACAGCAGGAAACUACCUAGGUAAUGAGCCUCAGGAAUGGAACUAGGGAGGGACGAUAGAUGCUGAUAGAAGAUGCUGCUUUCACUUUGGAGAUGUUGCGCUCUUUUAAUUGCUCGAGAUUAAUGCUUAC